AUGAAAACGAUCACCGCGUUAAACUGUGAAGAAAACAGGAAAAUCUUAGAAAAGGUGAAACAGAUGGAAGUUUUUGACAUGCAGCGGGAGUUGCGGAAACGCAAAAUGAAAAUAACUGGAAGCAAGGAUGAAUUGCAGUAUCGGUUGAGGUUUGUCAUAACGUUUGCGAUCGAGCAUGGCCAGACGGAGGCAGAACUCAAAGCGACACGAGACAGAAGACGUAGGAGCGAUAUGCUAACCUUCGAGGAUUUGAAAGAAAACUUGUAUACGUUUGAUGGCGAAGGGACAAUGGAUAUAAAGCAGUGGUUUCGUGACUUCGAAGAAAUUGCGGAAGAUUGCGAAUGGUGCGAGGGGCAAAAGGUCUGUUACACCAGAAGGCUACUUCGUGGAGCCGCACAAAUAUUCAUUCGGUGGGUAACAGCUCGUUUCAAGAACAAAGUUGAAGACGAAGUUGAGGAUGAAGUUGAGGACGAAGUUGAAGACGAAAUUGAAGACGAAAUUGAGGACGAAGUUGAAGACGAAGUUGUAGACGAAGUUGUAGAUGAAGUUGAAGACGAAGUUGAAGACGAAAGUGAGAACCAAAGUGAGGACGAAGGAGAGAAAUAUUUGGAUUUUUAUCACGCAAGGAACGGGGAGACCGACGCGAUCCAGAAGAGGAACGCAGGAUCGAACGGGUUGCCGCAAGCAAGCGACGGUGAAGAGAAGAACAAGAGCGCGAGCGACGAUGAAGCCGACGAUCAAAACGAUGACGAGGACGACGGAAAGAACGAUGGCGCGAGCGACGGGAAGAGCAACAAUGAAAACGAGAAAGAAGACGAGAGAGAAUACCAUGAGACCGAGGGCGACGAUGAAAACGAAGACGAGGACGAUGGAAAGAACGAUGACGCGAGCGACGGGAAGGACGACGAUGAAGACGAAGACGAGGGCGCAUACAAGGACAAAAAUAAGGACGAAGGCGAGAAGGACGAGAACAAAGACGACAGCGAAGACGAGAGCGAAGACGAGAACGAAGACGAGAACGAAGACGAGAACGAAGACGGGAACGAAGACGAGAACGAAGACGGGAAUGAAGAUGACGGGGACGAAGACGAGAAUGAAGAUAACGGGGACGAAGACGGUUGGAAGAACAAGAGCGCGAGAGACGAUGAAGCCGAGGGUGCAGAUCACGAGGACAAGGGCGAAGACCGCGAGGCCGAAGACGAGAGCGAUGAUGAUGGGAAGGGCGAUGGUGCGAGUGAUGAGAGGAGCGACAACGAAAACGAAGAUAGGGACACAGACAAGGAUGAGGAAGAGGGUGAAGACGAGGAGGCGAAGCACCGGGACAACUAUCAGCACCCAGAGAAGAUAUUGGUACAGCGACGGCGAGAGGUGCAGAAUGGUUUUUGA